GUUUUUUUACUCUUUUUUGAGGGGGUGUGGGGGCGUGCGUGUUUGUUUUGUUAAGUGUUUCUGUUUCAAAAGUUUUGUUUGGUUGUAAACAAAUAACGGAAAUUAAACGUAAUUGUUGCUUUUAGCAAAGAGGUCUUUUAGAAAUAAAAGGCCUACAUGUUAGAUUUAUAACAUAAUAAAAGAACAAAACGAGUUGCCAGUUUUUUUUCGCAAACAUGGAAUCCUAUUUAACGGAAAUUAAACAAUUACGCAUACCACGCCCUAAAUAUGAACCCAGUGGUAAUAGUCCACCACGCAGUGAUUACUAUCCCUUGGCUAGACCGUUUACACCACCCAGAGAUUAUCAACUAACGAAUGAAUCAAUAUUGUCAUCACAUCAGCGUUCUUAUCAAGAGGGUGGUGAUGAUUUUCGACCAUCAGUGCAUCAGAAAAUUUAAAUUUUAAUAAAAUAAAUAUAAAUAGUAUUGUUUAAUUACUUAAGUGCUCAUAAUAUUAUAAACAAAUAAUUUUUUUUAAUAUUUUUAUAAACCAAGCAAAUAUUAUUAUGUAUUUUAAUUUUAGCUUUGGUUUUGUUUUAAGUGUAUGUAUUAUU